AUGAAAGUUCUUUCAUACAUUGCUGCCAUUGCUUUCGCUGGUAUUGCUGCUGUCCAAGCUGAUCUAGUGGAUAACCUCGCAGACAGCGUCACCGAUGCUGCUACGAAUGCCGCGACUGAUGCAGCAAAUAAAGUCGUGGAUAAGGCAACUGACGCGGCAACUGACGCUGCUACGGAUGCGACUAAUGCUGCGAUUGAUCUAGGAGCAGACACAGCCGAUGCCGCAACAACUUCAGCCAUUAAUUCCGUCGCCAACGCUACUGGAACGUCGCCUGAAACAGCCACUGGUGCUACGAAUGUAACCAGCAGUCUUAUUGACUCGGCUAGGAACACGGACAGCGACAGAGCCAAUAUCACCAGUGACGGUUCAGCUAGCUCUAAUAAUUCGGAUUCCUCUACUGCCUCUUCAACUCGUCACGUGUCGAUGUGUGUAGUGGUAGCCUCCGUGGUUGGUGGAAUCGGCUUGAACUUCAUUUAA